AUGUCCUCAAGGCUCGCACGGCCUGCCUUUGCAGCUGUCCGAAGAACCGCUCCUCGAGCCGCUACCCGAUCAUAUGCUGCCCCAGCUGCUCAAUCUCAAGAUACAAAGCCUCCGGUAGCUUUGUUCGGUCUCGAUGGAACAUAUGCGAAUGCUUUGUAUGUCGCUGCCGUCAAGACCAACAACCUCGAUUCCGCUGCCAAAGCAGUUUCUUCACUUUCCUCAGUCCUGAAAGCCGACCCAAAAUUGUCCACUAUACUUGCUGCGCCGACUCUUUCCGACAGCGAUAAAUCCCAGAUCGUCGCCGAGCUCGAGAAGCACACCGGUGGUGCUGAUAAGAGUGGUACAGUCAAGAACCUACUGGCUGCGCUUGCCGAGAACAACCGAUUGGGUCUGUUAGAAGGUGUAACCGACAAGUUUACCACCUUGAUUGGUGCCGCAAGAGGAGAGUUGGAAUUGACAAUCACAAGCGCUACGAAACUCGAACCCAAGCUUCUCCAACGCUUGGAAACCGCCGUUGCCAAAUCCGAGUACAGCCAAGGCAAGAAGCUGAAGACCGUGACAAAGGUCAACCCCGAAAUCCUCGGUGGAUUGGUCCUGGAAGUCGGCGAGCGAACCAUUGAUCUCAGCGUCCAGAGCAAGAUCCACAAACUCAACAAGCUUUUGACAGACUCUGUGUAA